AUCUCACUCUCGCGCACACGCGCACACACACACACACACGCACACGUACAUGUACAAACACUUGUAUCAGUGUCAGGUUGUUUGUCAUAACGCCCCUUCUCCUAGAACGCCUGUCAUGUCAAUCAACAGACCAAAGAGUCUAUAAGUGGACGCUUACGUGACUGUCUUGAACUUUGACCCCUAGUGUUUGCUUCUUCCCAUCUAUCACGUGGUUCGAAUAAUCUAUGACGUCAACAUAUACAAAUAAUAUCUCGCAGCAUAAGAUGUACUUAAACGUUAAGGUAGCUUUGCGACCUAGUCAUUUACUGACGCCUAGUUGAUAUAGAUGUUCAUAUUUAUGUUACCUAAAGACGUGAUGUCGAGAUAUAAGUGUGCCGUCCUUCAGUGUGUUAUUUUGGUCUUAAUGACCGUCACGAUAGCCAAGGCUCAGUGGGUUGAGACGAACGACAUUCCUUAUAACGUUGGUCAUGUUUUCAGUAAAAUCAACCGCCUCAGAUCUCAGUAUCAAGAACCUCAAGAAGAAUCUCAGCAGCAGAUUCUAGUGAACUCUCUUCUUUACAAUGGAAAAUCCGUGGAUCAUACUACGGUGACGUCUUUAUUAGAAGGCGUUAGACAGCUAAAGGCUGGGGCCCUGGACGUCAACGUCUCCGAGACUUGCUUCAAUAGAACUGUGCAAUAUCUCGAGGGACUGAUGAAUAGGCAAUACUGGGCCAUAAGAAUGUUUGAUGCCUCGGCCAAACUACCAAGCGGUGUGCUGGACGGGAAUUUCAGAUGGCUGGGUUCCUACAGCGAGUGUCUGGCCGUGGACGCCUAUGUCCAGUACAAUGUGACCAACCCUGACAACACCACCUGGACAGCGGAUGACCAGUUUGGUGGACAGUACUGUACGGGCUACGUAGGGAUACAACAGCCCGGCCUACCACCUGCGACUCUUAGCAUUGGUUUAUGUGUUCCAGCAGGAUGCAGUAACCAAGACUUGAGGCACUUAUUGAACGCAUUUAUAUCUAUCCUACGAAUAAAAUCUCCACUUUUGGAUAAGGCUGCUUUUGCCUGCAACAAACAAGACCGACCGUUGAACAGCGGUGCAAUUGCAGUUAUAUGCAUCGCAGGGUUAGUUGUGCUAUGUGUACUUAUUGGAACCAUAUAUGACAUCGUACACCAGAACAUGGGUUUUAAUCACAAACCAUUGAUUCCAUAUGCCAGUGAGACAAAAGUCAUCAGUAAUGGCGCUGCCUCCAUAAGUGUUGAUGAACACACACCACUAAUACAUUCUCAGAAAAAUGUGGGUUAUUCGAAUUCCGAAAAUAAUGGCGCAAAUGGCAUUAUGCAUAAGAUCCUUGUAGCUUUUUCUGUAUACACAAACGGUGCCAAAGUUCUGAACACCAAGCAAGCCAGUGGGGCUCUCACUUGUGUCAACGGAAUACGGUUUCUGAGUCUCUCCUGGGUUAUUUGGGGACACACAUACUAUUUUGCAGCAACCGUGACUGAUAAUAUAUCCUCUGUAACUCAGGAUUUAAUGAAACGGUGGACGAUGCAAGUCUUAAUUAGCGGUCCCUUUUCCGUGGAUUCUUUCUUUGUUCUGAGCGGUCUUCUUGUCACAUAUCUUACCAUGAGAGAGAUGAAGAAGGGGAGUGGUAGAUUUAGGAUCAACUGGGGACUAUAUUAUUUCCACAGAUUCUGGAGACUAACCCCGCCCUAUAUGUUGGUGCUUUUGGUGUAUGUUCCCACUAUAUACUACUGGACAAACGGCCCUAUGUGGGUCAGUACCGUUGAUGGUUUCGACCCUUACUGUGGCGAAUCUUGGUGGACAAAUUUACUCUACAUAAACAAUGUUGUAAAAUCAAAGAAAAUGUGCAUGGGUUGGUCCUGGUAUCUAGCCAAUGACAUGCAGUUCUUUGUUAUCAGUCCUCUAAUUCUGUUUCCUCUGUUUUGGAACGAGAUAAUUGGCGUGGGUGUUUUGCUUGCAACUCUGCUCGGAUCAUGGAUAACAACUGGUAUAGUGUCCAACGUCAAUCAACUCGCACCAGGAUCUCCCAACCAGGCAGGAAGUUUUGACAUGUUAUAUGUUAAACCAUGGAUACGAAUAGGACCUUAUUUAAUAGGGAUGCUGGUUGGUUAUAUAUUGUACGUUACUGAAUGCAAACCCAAACUUAACAGGUUAACUGCAUUAAUUGGCUGGAUGGUAGCUACGGCAACUGCCCUCGCACUGGUAUACGGCCUUUAUGACGUUUACCAAGGUCACCCGCUCAGUAACGAUGUUGGCGCAUUUUACAACGCAGUCUCAAGAACCGCUUGGGGUGCGUGUGUUGGUUGGGUUAUAUACGCCUGCUGUACUGGAUAUGGAGGGUUCGUGAACACCUUAAUGUCCUGGAAGGCGUUUGUACCUCUGAGUCGUCUGACAUACUGUGCCUAUCUCAUCCAUCCAAUCAUUAUGUAUGUGGUAUAUGUGGGGAGAGAGACGCUCAUACAUGCCACAGAUGUGACAAUGACAUAUAUUUACUUUGGAAACAUAGUGGCGUCGUUUGCCGGUGCUUUCAUCGUAUCCAUGGUCUUUGAAGCUCCAAUGAUGGGGCUUGAAAAAGCUAUAUUACGGCGGGAAAAGUCAGCAUAGACUGCUGGAAAUACAUGGAGCAGAGGAACAAAUCCGUAUAAGGCAAAGCUGAUCUUCUAUCCAUUCUUACUUUUAACCAAACUUAAAUCCAAUGGGAUCCUACAUUCCCAAGUGCAGCUUUUAGAUUUCUUAUAAAGUUUCUGCUUAAUCACUUGCAACAACUGAAUCGGCUAAAGAGGGGUAGUUUUUCACAGUUACGUAAUGUAAUAAUAACAAAAUCAAAUGGGCAACUUUCUUGAAGUAGUUGUGUAUCAUAUAACAUGCCCCGGGUCGACAAUGCAAUUUAAGUAAUGGUCAUGAUGCAUUACCUCGGAAAUGGGACUGUUCUUACAGUAUGCACGCUUAUCCAUAUUUGGAGACUUUUUAUUUAUAUUUGAAUGCAGACUUUUGAUUGUUAUUUAAAUUCUUAUGGUGCCAAUAUAAACGGAGUAUGUAUGUUUUUUUAAAAGGACUUCAGUUAAUUGAUGUCAGUGUAAAAAUGUUUAAUAUUUGAGACGAAUAAUGCAUUUUAUUUGAACAUACAAUUUUUAAUUGCGAUUUAUACUUAUUUAUACUAUUUGAUGAAUGACGCUGUGCGUAAAUGGGCGAGUCAAUUUUUUAACAUAUGGCAGUUCGACUAACUUCUUUCCACCCACGCUCAUUUGUAAGUGAACAAUCGAUAUAUCACUUGUAUUUAACCAUAGGAGUUUUUAUAUUUAUAAAUAAAGGAUUUUUGAUAGAUAUAAGAG